AUGGGGGGCGAUGAUGAUCUCACGCAGGCAAACGCGGCACCUAAAAUUCCAAAAGGGGCGAAAGAAACAAGUGAGAGAGAAGAGAGGGAGUGAGAGGGAGUGAGAGGGAGGGAGAUGGAAGAGGGAAGAACCACAACUACCAGUGGAGCCUUGAGAGCCUCGACUUUAGUGUAACAAGCCAGGCAGGGAGGGUAUGGCAUGGUAUGGCAUCCCGGAGCUGGCUGCCUGCUGGAAGGAAGAAGAUAGGAGGACGAGGAGGAGGAAGAAGAAGAGGAAGUAAGGAAGGGACGAAGGGAGGAAAUGAAGGACCAGCUAAGCAAAUAAGCCCAAGCUUGGCCUGCCUUCCCUCCUCCUCCUCCAUUGCUUGCUCGCAUGCUUGCUUAUGUCCAUGCCCCGCCAUGGACACAACCAUCAAACCACCACCCGCAACCAAUGCCAAGCUCCUCCUUCUCUGCUACCGCACUCACUCUAUUUUCCCUCGCCGCUUUUCUUCCCUGACCUCAUCAACUUGUUUACUGCUGCCACGCCCUGUGCCCCCUGUAACUUUUCCCAUCCCCGACCUCAACCCAACCCUCCACCCCAAUCUCAAUUAAUCUUCUCUGCUCCAAACCCUAGACUGUGUCUUCUUUUGUCCUCGCGCUCUGGAUGUUGCUCCUUCGUUCAUGUGCUGGCGGACAUCACUGGGGCGAGAGUCAAAUGUGAGCGGUUUCGAGGGAAUUGAAAAGGGCGGAGGGGAAGUGCAGAGGUGAUCAGCACUGGAUUUCGACAUUGAGGGAAGUAGUGGCAAACAGCGUUUUGCGCCGGUUGCGAGGGGAGGUGGAAAGCCAAGUGGAAGAGGGCUGCUUGUUUGAGGGCGGGAAUGAGAAGUGGCUGUGGAGUGUAAGCAUCAGUUUUUGCACACAAUGUGGGUGCGGUCGCCGGAGAAUGGAUCUCCCGCGCAGGAAUACGAUUCUCCAAGUCGGAGUCAGGUUUCUGAUGAAACCGACUACAGCCAAGAUGACUGGCGAAUCAAUGGACACGCUGAACUGGAGGCUGAAAGGCACGCUGUGAUUCGGCCUGAAAUGACCCUGAAGAGGAAGAGAGUGCCAAUAGAAGCAUACGCAGGUUCUAAUUCUGCCCCCAGACAUGAUGCGGACAGCAAUGAUGAGGAGGAAGAAGAAGAUGAUUAUGAUGUUCGUCAGGAUUACUAUGAAGAGAGCCAUCCCAAUCGUGGUGAUUCCUAUGACGAACCUGCAAAAGAUUUUUAUCAUGAUCAAUCUGGCGGAGGUUUAUAUCGUGAGCCUUCCGCAGAAGGCUCCUAUCGAGAGCACUAUCAAGGGGGCUCAUAUCUUGAGCAAUCCGCAGGGGGUUCUUACCAUGAGCAGUCUGGAGGAGAUUCCUAUCGCGAGCAUUCUGACGAGCACUCUUAUCGUGAACAAUCUGAAGGUGGUUCCUAUCGGGAUCAAUCUGAAGAACGUUCCUAUCACGAACAAUCUGGAGGUUCUGAUCACGAAAUAGGACCACAACGGCCUCAGUCGCAUCAGAAAGCAUUUCAUUUAAAGAGUGCUGCAUCACUUCCUAGUAACAUGGAGAAAGGACCGGGUACUUAUUUGGUCUUAGAGGAUGGCGUUGAAUUUCAAAUUCCUCAGUAUUAUGACGAACUCGCUCUGUCCCUUCACCUUCCUCCUUUUAACGCACUGCAAAUUGAAGAGAAGGUUGUGUAUGGCCGACUCAAAGCAACUGCUUUUUUCGCAAUUAUGGAUGCGGAUCCCUGGGCACAGCUAUGGCGAAAACAGUAUGAGAUGGGGGAGUGCCGGGGUAAAUGUUUUGACAAGGAAAAUAAGCGGAGGUUGCUUGAGAAGAGAAGAUUCGGAUUACAGGUGAUCGACUCAAGUGUGAUGAUGAACCCACCGCCAGUGGAAUACCACGAUGAAGAAGUGGGCGUUACUUCUGAGGUUGGGUCUCUGGGCGAAUCUCUAGUCAUAUAUCGUCAAAUAUCAACCGACAGUGGUCAAAGCAGACGGUGUGAAGUGAAAGUUCUUGAACACGGCGACGGCUAUGAGAUCGUGGAGCGAAGAAAGCCCAAGAUUGAACCUGUGAAACGAGACCCCGAGGAGGUAGCAUUAGAAGAUUCCGAGAAAAUCGGAAGGUAUUGGGUGAAUCUGGUCAGAAAAGAUUUGCCGAGGCAUCACAAGUAUUUUGUAGCCUAUUACAAAAAGCAGAUACAAGAUGUAAAGCGAGUAGCAGAAAUCUGCCAAAGAGAGGUCAAAAGUCGCAAUGUGCGGUCAUUGAAAGUAAUGAAAGCUGCUCCCGUCAGAACGAGGAGGCUGGCUCGUGAUAUGAUCAUUUUUUGGAAGAAGUGGGACAAAGAACAGAUUGAAGUUAGGAAAAGGGAGGAGAAGGAAGCUGCUGAAGCUCUCAAACGUGACCAAGAGCUCCGGGAAGCUAAGCGUCAACAGCAGCGACUCAACUUUCUUCUCACACAAACGGAGCUCUACAGUCAUUUUAUGCAAAACAAGACGUCUAACACGACUGCUGCACAAGCUUCCCAGGAUGCUCUGCGUGAUCUUGAUACGAAUAUGAAUUCGGAGGAAGGUUCUCUGAGUGUCGAGGAUGCUGAAGAGGAGGCCGCUUUGAAAGAGGAAGCCGUGAGAGCAGCUAAAUUAGCUGCUGCUCAGCAGAGAAAUCGAACAAAUGAUUUUGAUAGUGAGAGUGAAAGGCUUCGUACAGCCGCUGGUGGAGAUGAGGCGGGUGAAGGAGCUGAAGACAUGGAUCUUCUACACCCGUCGACAAUGCCAACUACUUCCUCCGUUCAGCAGCCCAAAAUGUUCCAAGGCAUUUUGAAAGAGUAUCAGCUAAAGGGUUUGCAGUGGCUUGUUAAUUGCUAUGAACAGGGCCUAAAUGGUAUACUGGCAGACGAGAUGGGUCUUGGCAAAACAAUUCAAGCUAUGGCUUUUCUUGGACAUUUAGCGGAGGAGAAAAACAUAUGGGGUCCUUUCCUAGUAGUGGCGCCAGCAUCUGUUCUGAACAAUUGGGCAGACGAGUUGAACCGUUUUUGCCCUGACUUGAGGAUCCUUCCUUACUGGGGAGCACUAAAUGAAAGGAUUGUGCUUCGAAAAAACAUGAAUCCUAAUCGGCUUUAUCGCAGGGAAGCAGGAUUUCACGUGCUAAUUACAAGCUAUCAACUUCUUGUGUCGGAUGAGAAAUACUUUCGACGCGUGAAAUGGCAAUACAUGGUCCUUGACGAAGCUCAGGCAAUUAAAAGCGCCAGCAGUUUGCGAUGGAAAACCCUUCUUAGUUUCAACUGUCGAAAUCGUCUUCUUUUGACGGGAACGCCCAUUCAAAAUAGUAUGGCCGAGCUCUGGGCCCUUUUGCAUUUUAUCAUGCCUACUCUUUUUGAUAGCCAUGAUCAGUUCAAUGAAUGGUUUUCGAAGGGGAUCGAAGGACAUGCAGAGCAUGGUGGAACACUUAACGAGCACCAACUCACUCGCCUGCACUCAAUUUUGAAACCAUUCAUGUUGCGGCGAGUGAAAAAGGAUGUGAUUACAGAAAUGACCAGUAAGAAAGAAGUAAUGGUUCCGUGCUAUCUAAGUUCCCGACAACAGGCUUUUUAUCGAGCCAUCAAGAAUAAGAUAUCAGUCGCUGACCUCUUUGGGAAUGGGGGUCAGCUCAAUGACAAGAAGGUUCUCAAUCUUAUGAAUAUUGUCAUUCAGCUACGAAAGGUUUGUAACCACCCAGAGUUAUUUGAACGGAAUGAAGGACAGUCUUCAGUACACUUUGCAGCUGUACCACAUUCUCUUCCUCCACCUCCUUUUGGAGAGUUGGAGGAUGUCCAUUAUGCAGGAGGCCUCAACCCCGUGUCAUUCAAGAUUCCCAAACUUCUGUAUAGAGAUGGAAUGCGCUGCUUGCCUACCGAGAGCUCUGGAUCUACUCAAGGCUUCGUUGAGAAAUGGCUUAAAGCUCGUUUAAGUGUUUUCUCACCAGACUAUGUAUAUUCGUCUUCUGUGGGGGACAGUAAAAGAACUGAUUUUGAUGAGAGAUCAUCUCGCAGUGGAGCGUUUGGGUUUAUUCGAAUGCUCGGUCUUUCAGCUGCGGAAACUUCAUUCCUAGCCAGGGCACCCUGUUUAGAAAGUUGCUUAUUUGCCUUAUUACAAUUACAAGAAUCAUUUUCUGUAGAAUGUUAUGGGGACCUGAGCAAGAUUAAAGUAUUAAAUGAACACAGAACAGCUGUUCAUAGCAAUGGGUCCUCAGCUGGGAACCACUUGAGAAGUUCUAUGGAUUCAUUCGAUAAUGAUGACAGCAGGGAUGCAAAGACGAGAUGUGUGCAGAGGAUGUUAAUGUUACCUAGUAGAGCGGAUUCACAUUUUUUGAGAACAAAGCAUCCAUCAGGUCCAGAAUUAAAACCAUUUGAAUCACUCGUUGUUUUACAUCAGGAUAGACUACUUGGUACUACCAAACUGUUACGGUCCGUACGCAACUAUAUGCUACCAGUGCGAGCACCACAGAUCGAUGUAUCGUGUUCAGAUAGAGGAUUUAUGUUGCAAAGAACUGAGGAGCUGGAGAACCCAAAAAUGAAACGGUUCUUAGUAGGGUUUGGUCGCACUUCGGAAAACAAUGGACCUUCGAUGCCUCUUCCUCUGUCUGCACCCAUUGAAGAAAGUGAUGUUCGUGCCCGUCUUAUACAGCCUUUGUCAGCAAUACCUUUUCGAAUAUUCGGCUCUGCUCCUCCAUUGCAGAGUUUCGAUUUCGCUAAGAUGCUCACGGAUUCUGGGAAACUGCAAACUUUGGAUAUAUUACUGAAGCGCUUGCGGGCUGGAAACCAUCGGGUGCUUCUUUUUGCUCAAAUGACCAAGAUGCUUAAUAUUCUGGAGGACUACAUGAACUAUCGAAAAUACAAAUACUUGCGACUAGAUGGUUCAUCCACCAUUAUGGACCGUCGUGACAUGGUUAAUGACUUUCAACAUCGGUCGGACAUUUUUGUGUUCUUGUUAAGCACGAGAGCUGGGGGACUUGGAAUCAAUCUAACAGCUGCUGAUACAGUUAUCUUUUAUGAAAGUGACUGGAAUCCAACUAUGGAUCUUCAAGCCAUGGAUAGAGCCCAUCGUCUUGGGCAAACGAAGGAGGUUACAGUGUACAGGUUAAUAUGCACAGGUACGGUUGAAGAGAAGAUAAUGAAACGGGCUAGCCAGAAGAACACUGUGCAACAAUUGGUUAUGACUGGAAAUAAUGCUUCGCAAGGUGAUGUCUUGGAGGCAGAAGAGGUGGUCUCACUCUUAUUGGACGAUGCAGAGCUGGAAGCAAAGAUGAAAGAGCAAGUCUCUAAGCAAGUCGAUAAGCACGGGAGACGGAAGAAAGGAUGGGCUGUAGCUGGUUCUUUAAAAGGAGUACGGUUGGAUGCUGAGGGCGGUGGUGCCUCACUUGACGAUGUUAACACAGCUUUGACAGGUAUUGUUGAAAGUGGCGGGGCAGCCACAGUACCAGAUGCUGCGCCAGAUUCUAAUGCUUUGGCAGUACCUGCUAAUGGCAGAAAGAGACGAAGAAAUGGAGAGGAAAAACCACCCAAACCUCCCAAAAUGCCAAAGCCUGCGAAGGAGCCUAAGCCUCCAAGAUCUCGCAAAGAACCUAAGCCAGUGAGGCCUCCGAAAGAGCCUAGAGAGAGAAAACCUAGAGAACCUCGUGAUCCUACAACCAAACCUAGACAGCGAUUCAAGAAAGGGUCAUUAGGUCCUAGUGAAAGUAACUUUCCAUCACCUUCUCUUGCUGGAGAGGAGAAUGGGGAUGGUUGUGCUGGGUCGUCUGUACCAGAAAAUGGCUACUCGUUAGACGGAGGUGAAAAUCAUAGAGUUAAUGGUGAUCGUGCAGGUAAUUCUAGGCCUAGCACUGGUAGCAAUGAUUCUUUAGACAAGGUGGUUUAAGACACCUGAUCGGUUUUGGCCGUCUUGAAAGGUCUAGAAGAGAAAGUAUUCUCUGCAAGACUAGGCACCACCUUGCAGCAGAUUCUUAUUUGGAAUGAGGUGGAUUGCAUCUUUGUGGAAUUAGACACAUAGUGAGAACGGAUUACUAGAGGUUUAUCAUCAGAGCUGCUUUGAAGGCCUAGCCGCAGCCUCUUGGAUCUUGUAAACCACGUCAUCUAAACCAAAUAGGUGUUUGUGUGUUAGUGUCUGAAACCCAAAGAUUCUAUGUAACGUAUACAGCACUCAAUUGGAGAGUUGAGCUGCCCAUGUCUUACGAUUGAGAAAGGUAUUCGUGGCCUCGGUUUGGCUACAAUAUGUUUUCAUGCCAUGCGAGAAGCUUAGGCAUGAUUGGAGUUAGCAUGGCAUUAGCAGGCCUGCUGUAGGAAAGUUGUAUUGAACAGGGACAUGUGGAAUGUCUCCAUGUUGACCCUUGAUGUCUCUGGGUUGGUGCAUCAAAGUAAUUUUAUCGACAUUUGUGCAUACUCACAAUGAAUAUAGAAUACUUGCGAGCUAGUAAA